AGCGGAGCAGCGCAGAUCUGGGGAAAAAGACGAGAACAACAACAAGGAAAAGAAGGAGAACUCGCAGAGGAAGCUGGACUUAACUCUCACAAUGCCACCUUGUUCCAACUUCAAUUUCACCCGCAGAAAGUUUCACUCCUCCAACCACUGAGAGUUGUUUCGCCUCCUGUGGAUUUUACUGGAUAUCUCAGACGUGUCUCCUAAGUUUGUGGGGAUUUUUUUAAAUCCUCGAUCUUUUUUUUUUCUUCUGAAUUUCUCUUCCGGACGGACUAUAGAGGAAUAAGAAGAUCUGCAAACAUGUUGCAAAGUUUCGGUCAUUCGCAGCAGGACUGGUUUUGCUCGGAGCCGCUGCUGUUUGACGACGACUUCUGCCAGAGUUUGAUGAAGGACCUCCAGUCGCUGCCGACCCCCCCUCAGUCCCCCCCAAUGAAGGCCGGGCCGGGGACCGGCAACCCCCUGUCCAAGGAGGACCAGCUGAGCUACGUAUCGGACCUCCUGCUGGAGGACCACGACAUGCAGCUCAACUGGAAGAACGACUUUUUCCCCGUCGACACGGCGGAGAAGGAGGGCGGCGAGGCCGGCAGCCAGCCCUGCUCCCCGCUGGAGGAGGCCUGCGCGGACAGUCUGUGGCAGUGCCUGACCGCCGGCAAGAUGCUGGGCUCCAGCCCGCUGCUGUCGGACAUCGACACCAGCAUCUUCGAGGAGAUCGCCGGCUCCACGCUGGACUGCCAGAACCUGAUGGAUACCCAGGAGCCCAGCGAGGCCACGUCGGACUACGGCUCCGCCGGCGGGGAGCUGUCCACCUACUCAUCCAGCGACUCCGAGGAGGAAAUCGACGUGGUGACGGUGGUGCGCUGCCCAUCAAGCCCCUCCCCUCCGCCCUCAUUGGCCGAGCGCUCCGCUCGCCAGCAGAAGCAGGAAGAGGAGCAGCGCGCCCUCCAGCGCUACCGCUUCGAGAUCCACCUGCAGCACAACUACGCCGCCCCCCGCCCGGCGUCGCCGCCGCCCGCGUCCAACAAGCGCACGAGGGGCAGUGACGGCUCGUCGCGCUUCCACCACUCCUCCCGCAGCUCCUCGUCCUCCUCCUCGUCCUCGUCGCGGUACCACGGCCACCAUCACCACCACCACCACCACUCGUCUCGCAGCUCCACGGAGACCGAGGACGAGGAGGAGCGGCGGCGGACUCACAACGUGAUGGAGCGCCAGCGGCGCAACGAGCUCAAGAACUGCUUCAUGCGGCUGCGCGACAACGUGCCCGAGCUGACGCACAACGACAAGGCGUCCAAGGUGCUGAUCCUGAAGAAGGCCAGAGACUGCAUCUUCGACCUGGAGGACCAGGGCCACCGGCUGCAGAGCAAGAGGGACAAGCUGAAGGCCAGGCAGGAGGUGCUGAAGGCCCGGCUACAGCAGCUCCGCAGCUAAUGGAGGCCCGGGCGGCUUUCCCUGAGGCGGUCAGAGA